GGACGCACGCACACAUGCGCUAAAAUGAAAUAAAAUGAAAUUUGUCCCAUAACAAUAUUUGCGCGUAAUCGCGUUUAGUGCGUCACUAAAAAAAACACUAUCACUGAUAUACAUGUAUAGUACAGAAUUAGAAUACCUAUCCGAGUGACCGGUUCGUUGUUAUACUCUGGAGAGCGGACAAAUUGCAGACGACAGUCGUCGGCCGUUGCAUCUGACUCGCAUUCAGCGCCGCGUCGCCUCAGAGUGCGCAUGUCUAUUAUACCUACCUAAUAUACUUGAACUUGUUUUUAUGAAAUUAAAUAUCGUCGCCUUUGUCACAGACUCGUAUAAUUUGUGUUUGUUUAAUAUAUAUUAUAUUCGUGCACGUUCCAUCAACCGUUCUUUGUUAUUUAAUUUACUUGUCACCGUACCUAUAUAUUUAAUAUAAUUUUCACUCGAAUUUCUCAAUCAUGACUACUACAGCUGCCGCCGAAGCGUCAAAAUUGGACCGUACCGAUCCCAGAGUGCGAAAACUUGUGUACAACAUGUACAGAAACGUUUUGGGGAAUUAUAACGAUAAAGCCAACGCUAUGUUGGACGCGUUGCCGGAACACCAGGUGACCCAAGACCAAGGGAUCGAUCGACAGCUAUCCAGUAUAUUGCAUCAAAUAGGAGUGAAAGACUUAGCCGCUGGAGAUAUGUCCGCACCACCCCCGCCAGCGCCACCACCACUGCAAUAUUCUGGAGGAACAACUCAAGGCGGUCCACCUCCACCACCGCCUCCACCAAUGUUGCACAGUGGACACAUUCCAGCUAUUAGAAUAAAAACUGAGCUGAAUGAACCUAGAGAAAUACCAUCUACCAUACAAAAUGCAAUGGCUACCAAAGACAAAAAACCAUUUACGUAUCUUCCAGGUGGAUUAGACUUGAGCGAGAUCAGAAGUCCUCGAAUGCAAAGGCGCUUAGAAAGAAAUGCCCAGACUCCACCUAGCCCGGAACAAGUACCUCAAAAAUCUCCUGACUAUCAGCAACAACAAGAGGUGAAACCAAACUUUGAACAUAAACCAGUGUGUAACGUGCGACCUGCCUCGGAAAGGGUAUGCCUGUUGCCCCAAGUUCAGCAUCAACCUCAGCUGAAUAAGUCGCCCACUCCUUGGAUGCAAAAGGCUGCACAAAUUCAACCCUCUCCAGCUCCGUGGACACAAAACAAAAAAGAAUAUGUUGAUCAGGUUGAUAAAUCAGAAGAACGAGUUGUACCCGUGCGAGUUGAAAUUAAUAAACAAAUACCAACACAACCAUUGAAGAAUAAUACAAACCACUCGUAUGAUUCUGAACCGAUACAAGGACGUUCAUUUAAAGUGCUCCAACAAAUUACCGAGCCAAAAGGCAUGCUUUAUGAUGGUACUCAGCCCUAUAACAGCCAGUCUUUACCCUUAUCGGAACUCAGAAAGUUGCAGUUAAGUGAUGACGACCGAUCUUUCAUGAACAGGGUUAAAUCUCAAGUUGACGAUGAUAAAUUUUUACACAACGAAACGGACCCUCGUUACAAAGGUGCGUCGAUUCCAUCUAGAAGCUUUCGAAUGUUGCAAACAUUAACGAACUCUGCACCUGUUCCGAUGGAUAGCAACUACAAACAAUCGGUACCGAUAAACAAUUACGUAUCAGAACCUAUAGAAUCCAAAAUGUAUGUACCACCGUCAGAGAGACCUGUCGGCUCAGAACCGCAUAAGUAUACCGGUGGCUCUAUACCAUCCAGAUCAUUCAGGAUGUUACAAGCUAUGACUGGCCAAAAUAACGAAGAAGAAGAACAACAACAACAAAAUGACUUACAAAACCUGCAAUCGCAUACCCCUUAUCCUUUUCUCUGUCCCGAAUUUUGGCAACAUUACAAUUAUCUAAAGGAAUUUCACGACUGGCACUGCACCGGUUCUGAGUCUGUGACAGAUCAGCAACAAUACCACGAAGACCACCAACAACAACAAUAUCACCACAACCCCCACCACCAACAACAACAACAACAAUAUAAACAACAACAACCCAUAAUACAGCAAUCGGUGCAGACUGGCGUCGCGUCGGCGGCAGAAACCACCGUGGCGUAUGCCGGCCACGUGUUGAACACCAUCGCCGAAGAAGAAGCCGCCGACGACGAGAACGUCUGUUCACCGUACAGCGACGAUACCGACUCAAGCGACUGCGAAGUGACGGUGACGGUGAAAUUGCCGUCGAAGAAAGCUGCCGCCGAGACAAAGGUGGGUGGGGCAGUACAAGAACAGGCGAAGGCUAGUUCGCCGGUGGACUUUUGGCAGCAAAUUAACGACAGUGCAGGUGUGCCGGCCGACACGUCUACGUCGGACAGCGGAGACGAGUGUUCGGAUGACGGAGAGCCUUCGGACGUCGUUUGUCAGCCGGAGAACUUGCUGCAGAAGCCGUCGGGCGCCGAUUGUCCUACGGAGAACCUGUUGCACAAGCCGUCGGGGGUCGUUUGUCAGCCGGAGAACCUGCUGCAGAAGCCGUCGGACGCCGCUUGUCCACCGGACGACGAGGAGGUCGGCGACUGCCGCCAACCGUCGGAUCGCGAAGACGAUGACGCCGAUUCGGGCAUCACGACGACAUCGUCGGCCGACAUGGCGAGCCGACCGACCUCCGACAAAGACGUGAUCGAUAGUGGCAGAAUCGAAGGCGUCAGCGUCGGUUCAAAGAAAUACCAAAGAACGUGCACGCACUCGCGACUCUUCGAUUUCUUGCAGCGCGACGACGACGAUGACGACGACGACGACGACGAUGACGGUGCAGACUCCAGCAACGGUGCGAACUCCAGCAACGGUACGGACGGGAGAAACAAACCGCCGCAGUCAUGCACUUCCGGUUAUUCAUCGGCGGCCACCACACCGUCCACGCCUUCGGCGGUCGGCAGGAGCCGGACUUACGAAUCGGAUUUGGCCCGGACGGAAUACGACAGUUACUACAAGAGUUGGGAGUACGCAUGCCCAUACUUCGGAUACGAUAUACUGCCGUCGAAGGCGUUCAAGACCAUCGUGGCGGCCUGCAAGUCCCCGACUACUGCAGCCGCGGGCACCACCACCAGGUUCAAGUGUCCCAAAAUUCCUAACGGAGAAGACGGAUCUUAAACGCGUCUCUUCCCCGUCACUGCAUCCCCUGCCCACGCACUUUUCAUUUCUCUCGUUUGGGUUUUUUUUUUACGAUUUUAUAAGGUAUUAUAUAGCAUACGCGUUGUUUGGAGUCUGUGAACGGUUGUUUUCUCUCUGCAGUUUAUAUCUCAUUCUAUCAGCUCUGUCUUGCGAAUACUCUCUGUGUACACUUUUAUCAUAAUUACUUUGACCGUCAACCUCGUUUAUCUAUAUACAUUAUACACACAAUGCACCUACCGAAAAUUACGUACGAUAUACAUUCGACACUGCACGCGUGUGUAAAAAAAUAUAGGUACCUAUAACUAAAUUGGUACACUAUCUGCACACAACAUACACAACACCGACUGCUGCUGCAUGUACACCACUCUUGUGGGUGCCCCGCGACGACGCACACCUGCAAAUAAACGAGGUUGUGGUGCGCUGCAAUGAUAUGUAUAUUAUAAUAUUAUACUAUUAAAUAAUAUUAUACGUUAUAUAUAAUAUAUUAUAUUAUAAUGCCGUCCAAUUUGCAGACAUCAAUCGUGACUCUGUAAAAUAUUAUAUUCACCACCCUCCCCCCCCCCC